AUGGUAAAUGUUAAAAAUCCCGUACAUAAAAUAUAUUACUAUAAUGAUGAGGAGCUCGAUGGCGCAGGUGAUGUCGGACACCACUCAGCUCACAAGAUCCGUUCUCACAAAAACAGCAGGAGACAUCGGGCUGCCGCUGCCAACGCUGAUGGAAAGCUUCGCUUUGAGCCAGAGCCAUACAGCAAGAAGCUGGAGUUAAACAGCUCCGGAAAGAUACACUGCAAGGUUGCCGGCGGUGUGUCGCCCACUGUACAAUGGUAUUUGAAUGACCAAGACCCCUUACCUGAAGGGGUGACGUCUGCCAACGGAACACUCGUUGUGGCAGAGGCAGCGCGACGUCAUGCUGGACAGUACACCUGCAAGGCUGUCGACGGAGAAGACACCAUCACUUCAAAGAUCAACCUAGAUGUCGUUGUGUCACCCCGCGUCAUAGAACCCUCGCAAGGGGAGCAGCGUCACGCUCGCGUUGGAUCGCAAAUAGUUCUCAACUGCCGCGCUACAGGAGACCCUUUGCCCGCUACCCAGUGGGAUAGAAACAGAACGAUGCUGAAACUACACCAAGACGGCGUCGACGCCGAGGACGCGGUCAAUGCAUCGACGGCAAGGGUACUAGUCCUCAACAACGGAACACUUUUAAUCCGCAACGCGACGGAACAGGACUCUGACCGUUACGGCUGCAUCGCCGGGAACGCAGCCGGACUCGCGAGGAACGAGUUACUAUUGAUAGUUCAUCCUGAGGACGAAAUGCCCACUUCCGAAUCAUCAGGCGUUGGCGGCAAGGCUGUCGUAGUCUCCAUAUCAGUAGCCGGUGCUUAUAUGUUGCUGGUUUUGGCGUUAAUGCUUUACUGCAGAAGGAGACGGCUGAAUAGGAGGCAGAGGGGUGAGAAAGAAGAAUUAGAAAUGGCCGAAGGUCGCGAGAAGCUGGUGGAAGAAGAAGACAAGAAAGUUGGCAACGGGGCACCCGCGCCCAACGGACGCCUGUUGCCCCACGACAGAGACAGCGGCGCUGAUAAUUCCGAAGUGUCUGCAAUAUCGAGAGCUUCGAAGAAAUCUGGACAAUACGACCAUCUCGCUGUGCCUAGAAGUUUGUUGGUCGACCAGAUUACUUUAGGGCGAGGAGAGUUCGGCGAAGUAUCUCUUGCCAAAAUAGAUUUGUGCCAAGUGAAGAAAUUGCGGAAUAAAGAUUACGCCGAGACAGAACCUAAAAUGGCGCACGUGCUUGUGAAGGCGUUGACUUCUAAAGACGAGGUCCUACUGGCCGAGUUUCGUAGACAAUUAGAGUUGUUCACUAGAGUCCGCCACGAGAAUAUAGCUCGUCUAAUCGGACUCUGCAACGAGAUGGAACCGCAUUGUAUGCUGUUGGAACACACUGAUUGGGGCGACUUAAAGAACUCGCGCAUGCUGCUUCACGAUUGGCCUCGCACCGGCUUACUCAUAGAGACAUAGCGGCUCGAAACUGCGUAAUCACGUCAGCUCUCACUUUGAAGUUAUCGUUCCCCGCGCUAACCAGAGGACCCAACUCUCACGAAUAUUAUAAACAUCAUGACCAGGUGAUACCGCUUCGUUGGUUGCCAUUAGAAGCUGUGAUGGAAGGCGAUUACUCUACUAAGUCUGAUGUCUAUAUGUUCGCUGCCACAGUUUGGGAGAUUUAUACAAAAGCGGAACUGCCAUUCGCGAAAUUGAACGAUAACUCAGUGUUGGAGCGGUUGAAGGCAGGCACAUUGGAGUGGCCAGUCCCCAGUUCGAUGCCCGAAGCACUCGCUGCGUUGCUUAAACGAUGCUGGAGCAAAUCGCCGGCUGACAGACCCCAAUUCACUGAAAUCAGCGAGGAAUUGACGAAUAUAAUGAAAACUAUUACCGCUGAAAACCCCACAAAAGAAACCGAAGAAAAGGAUGGCGAAACGGAGGCCUAA